AUGGGCUAUGUUUUCACCGAACGGCGUCGUUCCGUUGUUUCUUCGAUUAAUAACAUUAGAGACCACCGUCCACCACCAUGUCCCUCCUCUGGCCACUGUCCAGUGUCCACCGUAACGUAUGUCGAAACUUCUCCGGUUGUCAGUCUUAUAGAAGUCAUCUCCCAAACAAGCAGAGGAAGUUCAGACCAUAAAACUUUCUCCCUAAAUGUUCCCUCAAGUUUCUUGCCUUCUUCCUUAUCGGACGUAUUCGACGCUCGUUCAUCAUUAGGUAGAUUGUCUUUCAGAAGUUUUCUUAUUAUCAUUAGCUGGAAAGAGCUCUGUUAG